AUUAGUUUUGUUAAGUAACAAAGUGUUUAAUAUUAACUCUUUAAUUGAAAUUUUGUUGAUUGUUAAAUUAUCUUUUUCUUGUCAAUUAAUUUUUAUGCUUCGUUCUAGUUUAACUGUUAUUUGUCUGUUAUUGAUUCCCUACUGAGCUGAGAAAAAUGUCUGACGAUUGGGGAUCAGCCGGUGAUUGGGGAGAUUCUGGAAAUUCUACAAAAAAAUCUGAUGUAACAUCUUCUGGUGCUGGUAGUUCAUGGGGAAAUGGAGCUACUGGUGGUUCAUCGGCAAAAGCUAGUUCAGGUGAUGAUUGGGCAUCUGGUGGUGAUUCAUGGGGAGAUUCCGGUGGUUCCUCGAAGAAAUCUGGUGGUAAUGAUGCCGGUAGUUCUUGGGGUGCUUCUGGUGGCUCUUGGGGAGCCAGUGAUGUAGGAAGCUCAGACAAACCAAGAGGUAAAGGUUGUUUCAAAUGUGGACAGGAAGGGCAUAUGUCUCGUGAGUGUCCUUCUGGAGGAGGAGGUGGUGGCGGUAGCCGAGGUAAAGGAUGUUUCAAGUGUGGUGAAGAAGGUCACAUGUCUCGUGAAUGUCCAUCUGGAGGAGGCGGUGGAUCUCGAGGUAAAGGAUGUUUCAAAUGUGGACAAGAAGGUCAUAUGUCUCGUGAAUGUCCUUCCGGUGGUGGUGGUGGCGGCGGUAGCCGGGGUAAAGGCUGUUUCAAAUGUGGACAGGAAGGUCACAUGUCCCGAGAAUGUCCUUCAGGAGGAAGUGGCGGUGGUUCAAGAGGUAAAGGAUGCUUCAAGUGCGGAGAAGAGGGUCAUAUGUCUCGUGAAUGUCCCUCUGGUGGUAGUGGCGGUGGCGGUGGCGGAUCGAGCUUUUCGUCUAAAAAAAAAGGCAGUGAUGACUGGGGAUCUGGGGGUGGGGGAGGAUCAUGGGGAGAAUCUGUGUCUCCAGCUCAAAAGAAAGGCAAAUACGAGUCUGAUGGUGAUAAAAGCUCAGCUAGUAAAGAAACCGAUGAUUGGGCAUCUGGUGGUGGAUCGUGGGGUGACUCUGGCUCUUCCUCUCAAAAAAAAAGUAGUGAUAAUUGGGGAUCCAGUAGUGGGGGCGGGGGUGGAAGUGGUGGUGGUGGUGGCGGGUCCAGCUCUUCAGCUAAAAAAAGUACUGAUGAUUGGGGAUCAGGUGGUGGAGGAGGAUCUUGGGGUGAGUCCAGUUCUUCAAAGCCUUCACCAAAGAAAAGUAAUGACGACUGGGGAUCUGGUGGGGGAGGAUCUUGGGGUGAAUCUAGUUCCUCAACCUCUGCCCCUAAAAAAAGCAAUGAUGAUUGGGGAUCAGGUGGUGGUGGUGGAUCCUGGGGAGACUCUGGCUCUUCCUCUCAAAAGACAGGAAAUGAUGAUUGGGGAUCUGGUGGAGGAGGAGGAGGAGGAAAAUCUUUUGGUGGUCGAGAUAAACCUCAAGGUAAAGGUUGCUUCAAAUGUGGUGAAGAGGGUCAUAUGUCACGUGAAUGUCCUUCAGGUGGCGGUGGUGGGGGUGGUUCAAAAGGAGGUAAAGGCUGUUUCAAGUGUGGGGAGGAUGGACAUCAAGCUAAAGAUUGUAGUGCACCUUCACUUGAUGCCGAUGGUAAACCCCGACCUCCAAUUUAUAAGCCUCCUGAUCUGAAUAAAGAUGACAAAUCACUUUAUGAAUCAGUUGCUACUGGUGAAAACUUUGACCGAUAUGAUAGUAUGCCUUGUUCCGUGAGUGGUCUCAAUGUUCCCAAAGAUCCCGAGAAAUAUGAGACCUUUGAAGAAGCAUUUACUAGUACAACCAUAAGAGAAGGACUCGCAGCCACAAAGAUUUCAAAACCAACGCCUAUUCAAAAAUAUGGAAUGAGAAUCGUAAUGGCCAAACGAGAUUUAAUGGCUUGUGCCCAAACAGGAUCGGGUAAAACUUUAGCUUUUAUACUUCCAAUUUUGCAAGAUUUAUAUUCAGAUCCAAAUACCUGCAGUGAAUAUGGUAAAAUGCCCCAAGAACCGGCCGCAGUUAUUGUAAGUCCAACCCGUGAAUUGGCUCUUCAAAUUUACCGAGAAGCAUACAAAUACAGUGCCGAUAGUAUAGUUAAAGUUCAAAUAAUUUACGGAGGAACAUCAGUUUCUCAUCAAAGAGCUAAAUUAUCUGAAGGUGUUCAUAUUCUUGUUGGUACUCCUGGUCGAUUACUCGAUUUUCUCAAUAGAGGAAUUUUCUCUUUCUCAAAUUUAAAAUACUUUGUUUUGGAUGAAGCUGAUCGUAUGAUUGAUUCUGGUUUCGUUCCUGAUGUUCGUAAAAUGGUCUCCCAUCCUACUAUGCCGCCUAAAGAAAAACGUCAAACUCUCAUGUUCAGUGCUACAUUUCCCGAUGCUGUGCAAACAGUUGCCGCUGAAUUUUUGAAAUCUGAUUAUCUUUUCCUGACUGUUGGUAUUUUGGGUGCUGCGAACGCAGAUGUUGAGCAAACAAUAGAAAAAGUAGAAAAGUUCAGCAAAAGAAAUAAAUUACUCGAGAUACUUGGGACCAAUAAAAACAAUGAUCGAACUAUGAUCUUUGUUGAAGCCAAGAAAACAGCUGAUUUCUUGGCAUCCUUUUUAUCUCAAUCUGAUUAUAGAGCAACAAGUAUCCACGGUGAUCGUUAUCAGCACCAAAGAGAAGAAGCUCUUCGAGAUUUAAAGUCGGGAAAAUUUCCCAUUCUAGUUGCAACUUCAGUUGCUUCUCGAGGUCUCGAUAUUCAAGGCGUGAGACAUGUGAUAAAUUAUGAUCUUCCCAAAGAGAUUGAUGAUUAUGUUCAUCGAAUCGGUAGAACUGGUCGAGUUGGUAACAAGGGUAAAGCCACAAGCUUUUAUGAUCCUGGUCAAGACAGUGCUUUGGCUAAGCCAAUCAUUGCGAUUAUUAAAAGUGCCAAUCAAGAAGUGCCUGAAUGGCUUAAUGAAGAAGCGGAGGGUAAUAAUAGAGGAUAUGGCGGAGCAGAUUUCGGAGGAGUUGAUAUCAGAGAUGGCAAUUAUGUUGAUAUUGAUGCUCCAAAAUCAUCAUCAUCAGUGAGUUGGUGUCUAGAUGCACCAAAAAAUGAUUCAGCCAUUGAUGAUUGGAAUCAACCAGCACCCAAGAAGGAAAAUGAAAGUUCAGUUAAAAAACAACAAAAUGAAGUGAUCGAUGAUUGGAACUCAGAGCCACCGAAAAAUGAACAAAUCAAGAUAAAAAAUGAGGUUAAGGAUGAACCUUCAGUUAAACAAGAUUCAUCAAUAGAUGACUGGAACUCAGAUCCACCGAAAAACGAGAAAGAUACAUCAAUAGGCCGAAUGAACGAGUCAGCUACAGAUGAUUGGAACCAAGAUCCACCCAAGAAUCAUCUAGAAGAUGAGUCUAAAGAUAAAGUUCAGGAAAAUCCAAAAAUCGAGCAAAAUUCAUCAAUAGAUGACUGGAAUUCAGAUCCACCAAAAAACGAGCAGAUUGAGAUAAAAGAUGAGAUUAAGGAUGAACCUUCAGUUAAACAAGAUUCGUCAAUAGAUGACUGGAACUCAGAUCCACCAAAAAACGAGAAAGAAGCAUCAAUAGACCAAAUGAACGAGCCAGCUACAGAUGAUUGGAAUCAAGAUCCACCAAAAAACGAGAAAGAAGCAUCAAUAGACCAAAUGAACGAGCCAGCUACAGAUGAUUGGAAUCAAGAUCUACCUAAAAACCAACAAGCUGACGAAUCGAAAGAAGUUGAAGCUCAGGAAAAUUUGAAAACCAAUCCAGAUCCACCAACAGACGAUUGGAAUCAAGAUGCAUCGAUGGGUGAGCUAAACGAAUCAACGAAAGAUAAUGAGAAUCAGAGUUUAGAGAAAGAGGAACUUCAAGAUGAGCCCAAAAAUGAGAUUCAUGAUUCGCCAAAGAAAGAUGAAGAUGCAACAAUGGAUGAACUUAAUGAAACUCCAAUAACUAAUAGUAAUCAAGAUCCACCAAAAGAUGAACAAGAUGAGUCUAAAAACGAAACUCAGAAUCCAUCAACGGACGAGCCUCAAGAUGAGCCUAAAGAUGAGAUUCAUGAUUCAUCAAAGAAAGAUGAAGAUGCAUCAAUGAAUGAGCUCAAUGAAACUCCGAUAAUUGAUAUUGAUCAGGAUGAACCAAAGGAUGAACCAAAGGAUGAACAAAGUGAGUCUAAAAAUGAGACUCAGGAUCCAUCGAGUAUUGAGCUCACCGAUAAACCAGUCAAUCCGAGUCAAGAUGAACCAAAAAUUGAUUCUGAAAAAGCUUCGAGUGAUGAUCAGCAAGAUGAGUCUAAUAAUGAGACCAAUUUGACCACAAUAAUUGAGCGUCUUCAAUAUUCACCAAUAAACGAGCCUCAAGAAGAUUUGUCUAAAGAUGGAAUCCAUGACACACCAAAGACUGAACAUACUGAUGAGGCACUAGAAUCGAAUCAAGAAACACCUAAAGAGGAAAAAGAUGAAGCCAAGAUCGAUGAAGAUGCUCCAGAAAAAGAUGAUCAAGAUUCACCUAAAAAAGAUGAAUCUCAGUUAAUCGAGUAGUUAUUGAAAGAUUAACUGUUCCCUAAUUGUGAUCCACCAACUCAUACCGAACCUCAAUCUCCCCAGAAUUGCUAAUUAUCCAUUUCCAUUUCCAUUUAAAUUGUUCAUUGUUUUUUACCCUUUUUUACUUAAUUGUUUUCAUCACUGUUCAAAAUUUCAUCAAAAUCAACAACUAAAAAUCAAAUAUUUAUCCACUACAUUAAUUGUACUGACAAAACAAAAACAAAAACAAAAACAAUCAUAAAACUUAAAGCAAUUAUGUUAAUUAAUUAAAAAAAUUUAACAAUUAA